AUGGGGCAGAUAAACCAAACGGGGAGGUACGACGAGGAGAUCGACGUCAAGGCGCUUCAGGAGAUGUACAAGAUGUUUGUGGUGGAGUGUCCCAGCGGCGUGUUGUUCCUGCACGAGUUCAAGAGGUUCUUCGGGGUGGACCCGACGGGGGAGGCGUCGGACUACGCUGAGGCCAUGUUCCGCGCGUUCGACAGGAACGGGGAUAACACCAUUGAUUUCCUAGAGUUUGUGGCGGCGUUGAACCUGGUUUUCCGAGGCGACUUGGAGCACAAACUGCGCUGGUCGUUCAAAGUGUACGACAAAGACAGCAACGGCUACGUGGACCGCAGUGAGUUGCGCUCCAUCAUCGACAGCAUCUACCGAGUGAACAGAAGCACCAAGAGUGAGUGGAAGGACGGCCCGCUGAGCGUGGACCAGGUGGUGGACGGGAUCCUGCAGGCGGUGGACUCCGACCGAGACGGUCAUAUUAAUCUCCACGAGUUCAUCCGAGGGGCCCAGCAGGACCCCUGGGUGCUGAACAUGUUGAAGCUGGACAUGAACCCCGCCGGGUGGGUGCUGGAGCGGAGGAGGAUGAGCGCCCACUUCUGAAGGGGCCCAGAGGGACGGACCACCGUCUGAUGUCCCACUACUGCCACUCUUAUCUCAGCGCUUGAUGUUCUUAGU